CCGUUUUUAAUAAAUUACAGAUUUGUGCAAGUUCAGAGUCAGAAGCGCUUCAGAAGAGCUGAUAUCAGGACUAGAAGUGAGAUUUGUGAGCUGAUUCUGUCAUAUAAAGGUUUUUUUUGGCUUUGCUGAAACUAAAAGGACAAAUACAAUCACUGGAAGAAGCAAUGGCUCUUCUGAGGUCUGGAGCGCAGGGUCUGUGCUGUGUGACACUGGCUGUUUUGCUGUGUUGUGGAGCUUAUACCGAGGCUUCAGUGCUCAACCUGCGGCGUUUCAUCGGCUGUGCAGUCCGAGAAUUCACCUUUCUGGCCCGUAAGCCUGGAUGCGGAGGCCUGCACAUCACCACUGACGCCUGCUGGGGGCGCUGCGAGACCUGGCAAAAGCCUGUGCUGGAGCCGCCGUUCAUCGAGUCUCACCAGCGCGUCUGCACCUAUAACGAGACUCGACAGGAGACGGUGCUGCUGCCCAACUGCACCGCCGGUGUGGACCCGUCCUACAGCUUUCCAGUGGCCCUGCGCUGUGACUGCGGCCUUUGUCUCACCAGCACCACUGAAUGCAUCACUUCAGUCUGACCAUGUGCUGGAGAAACAAGACUCCACUCUUGUUAUGACCGUGUAACACUGCAGGAAUAAAGUUAAUCAGUACGUCAA